AUGGACGCUAGAUACGUGCUCCACCUGCGCCAGCAUGCGCGCCAUUACCGUCUGAUCGCGGCCGGCUUCGCGGUAUUCGCGGUCACCGAGCUACUCGUGCCGCCGCGGCGCGGCGGCACGUUCCGCAGCGACGACCCGCGCAUCAGCAAACCGUACCAGGCGCACGAACACGUUCCGAACUUACUGUGCCUGCUGCUCGCCGUCGGGGUACCGACCGCAGUGGUCUUCGCGGUGUGCGUGAUGCAGCGCAAGCGCUGGUCACGUGACGCCGAGCCGUUGCCACGGCCCGCCGCGGACCCGCUCCCCCAGGCGGCUGCAGGCGUGUUCCACGCGGCGAUGGUGCGCUUGUGGCUGGGCACUGCGGGCGUGGCCGCGGUCACCAACGUGCUCAAGGCUGCGGUGAGCCGUCGCCGCCCUGACUUUCUCGCACGGUGCGAGCCGCGCCAGGGCGCACCGCUCGUGCUCACGCUGGAGGAUUGUGCCACAGACGAACUUGGUCGCCUCUACGAGGGACUGCGCUCCUGGCCCUCCGGUCACAGCAGCCUGAUCUGCUGCGGCAUGAGUUUCCUAUGCAUCUGGGUUGCGCGCUACUGGCCGUGGUCGCGGUCGCGUGUGCCACUACAACUUGCCUGCGCACUGCUGGCCCUGGCAGUGAUGUGGUCGCGCGUAGUAGACGCACGGCAUCACCCGACAGACGUGCUGAGCGGUGCCACCGCGGGCGUCGGCGCUCAGCUUUUGGUCUGGCGUACGGUACUAUAG